AUGGCCUCAAUUGAUCCAGCGACCCGUGACAAGAUCUUGCAAGAUCCGCAGGUGCAAAGUGCCGUCAAGAAGGCUGGCCAGGAUGCGCUGAGCGAUCCUGCUGUGCAAGCUCAGAUCUUAAAGGUCGCUCAGGAGAAAUUCCCAGAGGCCGCAAGUGCAGCGAAAGAUAAAGUCCUCGAGUGGGCCAACGAUCCAGAGGUGCAGAAGCAAGCAUACGCGUAUGCGGGACUGGCAGCUGAGUAUGCUUGGCAAUCCGUCAGUCAGGUGGGUGGUCUCAUCGAGCAGGGACCGACCGGAGUACGGGUGCUUGCCUUCGUUGGUGGAGCCGGUGCAUUCGCACAGAGUAUCUGGGUUUUACUUGGUUUGAUAAACAUCGCGUCUGCGUCAACUCAGCUACCCAAGUACGUGGUGCAUGGCUACCAGCUCAUCUUCGCCUCCACCACGAUGCUCUUCGAGGCAAAACCCGAGUGGAUCCAGAAAGUUCCUGGUUUGAACAGCUACCAGGAUCUCCUGAUUGACAAGGCAAAGUUCCUGGCCGAAACUUAUGGCAGAGGCCUCUUCUAUGGCUUCCAAGGUACUUUGUUCCUUUGCUUCGCCAGUUUCACAAACCUUCCUGAACUCGCGCUUGGACUUUGGUUCCUUUUCAUGGCCUUUCUCCACAUUGCUAUGCAUUUCGGCAUCAUGCCCCAGGAAGUGGCCAAGAAGAUGCAGGAAGUCAGGCAGAUGGUCGCCACGGGAGCCGCUUCGGCAGUGAAAGCAGUCUCCUCGGAAGGCCCGCAGAAGGACUCCUCAAAAGUGGAGAAGCCCCUGGCGCAGGGUGGCGCGGUCCCAGACGAGGAGCGUCCGGCAGAGAGAGAGGCCAAGGUCUGGGCGGGCAGGGCGGGCCGUUCCCAGACAGUGGAGUAG